AUGGGCAUUACAGAUAUAAAGGCAUGUCAAAGGCACAGAGGGGUCUAUGUUCUCAUGAGUGGAUCCACGACGGGUAGCAAGCAGAGUUCUUCCUCACAUUUUGGCGUUGAGGGGGAUGAAUCAGAAGAAGAGGAUCCAGUCAUGGAACUCUCACAUAGCUUACUACUCAAUGAAGAGGCCCUGGCUCAGAUUGCAGACUCCAAGAAACCAAUCUUUAUCUUUGAAUGGCUCCGUUUCUUAGACAAGGUCCUUGUGGCGGCCAAUAGGUCGGACAUCAAGGAAUCACAGGCCAAGCUGGUUAAACAAUUGACUGCCCAGAUAUCCCAAUCACCGGGCCCUCCGACCCGCAAACUCCUGGGCAAGUGCAUCGCUACCGUGUUUCAAGUCGGUGACACCUUGGCUCUCUAUCAAACCUUAAACUUUUGUAAUGACAUCAUUAAGAGCAAAGAUGACUCUCCAAGUUAUCUGCCAACUCGAUUGGCUGCAGUGGCUGUAUUGGGGAAGAUGUAUCAGGUGUUGGGACGACUUACAGGAAACUCUUACUCAGAAACUAUUCAAAGUCUCAUCAAAGCUCUUAAAAAUGCAGAAUCAACAGGGCGAUGUGAGAUAAUGCUCUGUCUGCAGAAAAUUCUCUUAGGACUUGGCAGUGUGACCCAGCCACAGCACAGAGAUAUCUAUAAAGCAGCACGUAAUGCCCUUCAGGAUAGAACUAUGGCUGUUAGAGUAUCAGCUGCGAAGUGCCUGGAGCAGCUGUCUAGUGAAGCAUCGUUUAUGAUAACAUCUGAGUUAGAGAAUGUAGUAUCAUCAAGCUUCCGGGCCUUAGAUGGUUCUAACUAUGAUGUACGCAGUGCUGUGUCUCAACUUCUUGGUGUUCUCUUAGCUCGAGCUCUCACUCAAACACCCCCAAAAGACUCCAAGGCUAAGCGUUUAUCCAAUGAAGAUAUCCUUAACCUGCUAGCAUCAGGGUUUGUGAAAGGUACGUCUGGUUUCUUGAAAGGAGGAUCUGGUGAACUUCUCAAGGGAGGUGGCGGAAUGGUUAAUAGAGAGAUCAGAGUGGGAGUUACUCAUUCAUAUGUGGUGUUGGUGAAGACUCUAGGUGGUCUUUGGUUGGAACGGAACCUAGCCCUAUUCAUGGAGCAUGUCCUAGGUCUGGUAGCAAGCCCCAAGGCUACCCAGACACAUGUAGAUGCUGUCUACUCUCGACGAUGUGUAACAUUCAUCCUUCAGUCAACCCUUGGUCAGAUGCUAGGAGAGAAGGCUCAAGUGUCUGCUUGCAAGGAACUCUGCAGGAUCAUUGCUAAACAGAUGAAUGCUGUGGAUCCUGAUGGAGGAAGUGAUAGUAAAGGAUCAGAUGUGUUUGUCAGUCAGCAUGUAUUGAUCUGUGCUCUGCAGGAAUUAGGGAGUCUGGUUAGGAGUCUAAGUACAUGUUCUGCUCCACUCCUUGGGGAGUCAUCAGCUAAUAUGUGUUACACAGUGUUGUCUGUCCUCCUACACCCGAGCCCAGCAGCUCGGUUAGCUGGUUCUUGGUGCGUCCGGUGCAUCUCUGUAGCACUACCAUCUCAGCUGACUAGGAUGUUAGAUGGAUGUAUGGAGAGGAUGGAGAAAUUUAAGAGUUCACCUGAAGCAGUAUCGGGUUAUAGCUUUGCUAUCGCUGCCCUGCUAGGUGCUGUUAGGAGCUGCCCACUAGGAAUACCUCAUGCAAAGGGAAAGCAAGUGUUCAGCAUGGCUGAAGAUCUACUAAGGACAGCUUCACAGAAUAGUCGUAUGUCACUACAUCGUACACAGGCUAGCUGGCUUAUUCUAGGAGCUAUUAUGACAUUAGGUACACCUGUUGUCAGGAAUCACUUGCCACGCCUCUUGCUUCUUUGGCGUAAUGCCUUCCCACGAUCCUCCCGUGAGAUGGAAUCAGAGAAAGCACGAGGGGAUGCGUUCACAUGGCAGGUUAUGCUUGAAGGACGAGCGGGGGCGCUGUGUGCCAUGCAGAGUUUUAUCCGUCAUUGUCCAGAGCUGAUCAGUGAUGAUGUCGUCAGGAGGUUGAUGACUCCACUGGAAUGUGCCAUGUCGAUGCUAUCUGAGAUCCAUGAAGUAAUAAAGUCUUACGGAGCUCAUUUGAAGGCUUGUGCUGCCAUGGUUAGACUCAGAUUAUAUGAAGUACUCAGACAACUCCCACCUAAAUCAUACGAAGGGAGCUUCAUUCCUCUGUUACGAGAGCUAGUGGCUGAGUUCACACUGACUGAUAAUCCAGCUAACACUACCACAUCUCUCCUGCGCUCCCUGUGUCAUGAGAAUGACUCCAUCAUCCUAGGCUCCUGGAUCCAGGAUACUGAUCAUAAAUCAGUGGAGCUCCAGCUCCAGCCAAAUAGUGCAUCAGGAUCUGGGGCCCUGGAGCAUGAUCCAUCAUCGCUCUAUUGGGAGAUUAGUGAUGAGGAUGAAGUGCCGGGACCGUUGCCUCUUGGAGUAGCUGUCAUUGAUGCUUCGGUGACUCUCUUUGGUGUGGUAUUCCCUCAUGUUGCUGAUAAACAUAGGAAUAAGAUCCUUGAACACUUCCAAGACUGCAUUCAACAAGCUAAAUCAGCUAGACAACAAGCAGUUCAGAUCAAUAUCUUCACUGCUGUGCUUAGUGCACUCAAGGGACUAGCAGAUGCUAAACAAAGACUGGUAAACACCAAGGUUAGAAAUGCUGCGUAUGCCUUGAUCAUGGGUGCUUUGAAUAAUGGGAACCCCAUCCUUAGAUGUUCAGCUGGAGAAGCCUUGGGAAGGAUGGCUCAAGUUGGAGGAGAUAAUUCUUUCAUUGCACAGACAGCUCAAAUGUGUUUUGAUAGAUUAAAGACAGCUCGUGAUGUUGUAUCACGGACGGGUAAUUCCCUAGCAUUAGGAUGUCUGCAUCGUUACGUAGGUGGAAUGGGUGCGGGCCAACAUCUUAAUACCAGUGUUAGUAUCCUUCUGGCAUUAGCUCAAGAUACUACAUCUCCUGAAGUACAGAUGUGGGCAUUGCAUGCCUUAGCACUAAUAGCAGACACAGGAGGGCCUAUGUUCAGAUCGUAUGUUGAACCAACCCUUUCUUUGGUCCUUACACUCUUAUUGAGUGUGCCGCCCUCUACAGUUGAGGUUCAUCAAUGUUUAGGACGAUGUUUAGCAGCUCUCAUAACAACCUUGGGCCCAGAACUUCAAGGUAAUCGUGGGAAUACAGCCACAGCUAGGACAUCAUGUUUAGUAGCAUGUGCUAUAAUGCAGGAUCAUCCAGAUUCAGUUGUUGGUGCUGAAGCUAUAGCAUGUCUACAACAACUUCAUAUGUUUGCACCACGUCAUGUUAAUCUAUCUACUCUUGUACCUGAUCUAUGUACUGCUUUAGGGAGUGUUCAUUUGUUAUUAAGACGAGCAGCAGUAGCUUGUUUACGGCAGCUGUCACAAAGAGAAGCUAGAGAGGUGUGUGAAUAUGCCCUUCAACUAGCCAAGACAGAGAAACCUAAUGCUACUGUACAAGGUGCCAAAUCUGAUGCAAUAAUUACUGAAACGGGUUUGGAAGGUCUCCUCUUUACUAUGUUGAACAAUGAAACUGAUGCUAAGAUGUUAUCUAAUAUUCAUGAUACAUUGAUCAGUAUGUUACAUGAAUUAGUAAUGGAGAAUCUAGCAGGAUGGUUAACACUCUCAAAGGCUGUCUUAUCAGCAUCUACAGAUUCAGAUUCCCUGCCGACACCCAUCAAAUCAAGAGAAGAGAUUGAAGUAGAUGAUGAGAAGACUAUUGAUGAAGAUGAUGCUACAUUCAAAGCUCCUGAUAAGAUUGAUACUCACCCUACAGUCCCUCCAAGAUGGCCAACCAGAGUGUUUGCUGCAGAGAGUGUACGUCGAGUUAUUCAGAUCUGUGAUGGCAAUACAGUACAUUUUGAUCUAGCUUUAGCUAGGGAGAUGAGAGUCAAAACUACUACAAAUAACUACUUAGUGCUGCAUCUAUCUGACUUGGUACGUACAGCCUUUAUUGCUGCUACAUCAGAGAGUAACCAGCUAAGGAAAGCUGGUCUGUUACUUCUACAGGAUAUCAUCAAACAGUUUGCUAGGGUUCCUGAACCUGAGUUUCCUGGUCAUUAUAUCAUGGAGCAAUAUCAAGCACAGGUUGGUGCUGCAUUGAGACCAGCAUUUUCUUCAGAGACACCGUCUGAUGUCACUGCUAUGGCAUGUCAGGUUGCCAGUGCUUGGAUUGGCAGUGGAGUAGCACAUGAUCUCAAUGACCUACGCAGAGUUCAUCAGCUUCUAGUAUCAUCCCUUGACAAGUUAAAGGUUGGAAAGGGCGCCCCCUUGCAGCUAUACAGUGAGAGUGCAUUUACAAUGGAGAAAUUAGCCGUCAUCAAGGCUUGGUCAGAGGUAUACAUAGUAGCCAUGAAGCAGAACAUGACAUCCUCAACUAACUCAAAUACAAACGGAGAGGACUACUCCUCAGAUAAAUCUUCAGACAGUCUAUUAACGCUGGUCCAGCCUGAACUCAAAUCUCUCAACAAGUAUUGGUUAGCUGCUCUACGGGACCACGCAUUACUAGCCUUACCUGAUGAUUUCACAAGCCAGCUGCCUCCAGAGGGCGGUGCCUUCUAUAAUGCGGAAGCUACGUCCACCACCAGGCCACACUACCUCAAGUCAUGGGCACCCAUUGUGUAUGCUGCAUCGCUCUGGUUGAAUGCUGGAGGGUUUCAAGUGAUAGAAGAGAAUAGUGAUGGUAGUUAUAGCAGUCCAGCUAAUAGUGGACCUAUGCUACCUGGUAUGGCAGUUAUACCUACUGGAAAUGCUGCCUCAAUGAAGAAACCAGAAGAAGUCAAGAGUGAUUACUUUCACCUUAUCAUUGGUGUUUGUGUAGAGAACCUUUCCAAUCAACGUGCCACUGAGCCCCUCCAGAACAUCUCUUCCUGUCUUCAAGCCAUUCAUACCCUCCUUGAUGACCUUUGGCCUAGACGACAGCUUGUAUCUGACCCCUCACUAGCCAUAGAGCUUCUCAAUGUCCUGCAUCGUUUGUUGCUGACCAGAGAGAAUCUCUCCACACACCUGCAGGUCAUCAGUGUGGUCAAGCAGAUCGUCAAAGCCAUGCAGGAGAAAAUUGAAGGGCAACGCAAGGUCAAAGGUGAGAGUAUUGAAAACAAGGAGAAAUCAGAGAAUGAAAAGGAAAACCUUGACUGGGAUUCAGACAUUGGUGAAGGUGGGGCUAGUGGAGAGGUAGUCCCUGGUAAAUCAGUGGUCUUUGCAACAUUAGAGGUAUGUCUCUGCAUCCUGGUCAGACAGCUACCUGCCCUCAACCCAUCAGGAGGGGCUAGUGCUGCUUCUAUACAUAGUUACUCUAAGAAUGCAGGACUAUCCGAUGAAGCUAGCCAUCUAAUCUCAGCUACGGUCCUUAUCAUGGCUGAGCUGCCAUCUCUCUGCUCACCAGCAGGAAGUGUAUCAGUAUUACCCACAAUCCUUUGCCUAACAACCAACGUCCUGCGAGAGACGGCCGAGCCAUCAUUGGAUGGUAAGAGUGCUCCGACAGUGACAUCAUGCAUGCAGGCUCUUCGGUCAUUGGCUACCUGUUCAUUUGUCAAGGAUCCUAGAUGUGCUAAUGAUUGGGAGAAGUUUCUUCAAAGCACUUUGGCAACAAUUCUGGAUUACUCUAACCCAGAUAAGGAUAAGAUGGAGGUUGAUAUGUGUAGUGUGCUGUUAGCUGUAGCAGUCUUUAUUGCAUCUGCUCCACCUUCUGUGUCAGCUAUCUCAUCUCUUCAAGCUCAGGGAGUGGAUCUCUUCUCUAAAGCUCUCAAAUCAGAAGAACCAGUGGUAAAAUUGAAGUGUCUUCAGAUGGCAGCAUCUAUCUUUCAAUGUCCACACCAUGAUGUAUCAACACCUUACAUACAUGCCCUAGGACCAAGACUAGUAGAGUAUCUACAAUCUUCAGCUGGAAACAUACCUGAUAAUGAUGAGUCUGUAGCAGUCAUCAUUGAAUCUAUACGUGUCCUUGAAAUAUUAGUUGGCUUAACAGAUGACUCUCACAGAGUCCAGAUGGUAGCCCUGCUGGUACCAAUCUUGAUUAGCUUCCUAUUCUCUGGGGGCGAUACCACCGGUAGCCAGCAACAACAAAGCAAGCAAGCUAGAUCUCUACAUGAUCAUGUCCUUCAACGUCUGAUCAAGACUGGUCAUCAGUAUCCUAAUGCCUUUAAGAGUGUAAUGGCUGCUUCUCCAGACCUAAAGACAAAGCUAGAGACAGCUAUCCAUGCUAACCAAGCUUCUAAUAAAGCUAAACAACCUACAAGACAACCGUCAAGACCCAAGGCAUCAGCUGCUCCAAGUAUUAAAUUAAAAAUGAAUUUUAGUAACUUCACUGGUUAAAGAUAGAACCCUAAAAUAACUUCUCUUAACAUGUUAUUGAAUGGAACCAGUUGUUCCCUCUUCAAAGUCCAGAGGAAUUCCAGAAUUCAUGAGUCAGUGGGUUAACUCCACUAGUUACAUAUAAUGUACAUACAGAACCUUUUUUAUAUAUAUAUAUAUAUAUAUUGGGUUCAAAUUAAUCCCAACUCUUCAAGCAGGGGAAGCCAUGAAAAAGAUGAUUUUAACUAUUGGUGUUAACAAUACUGUUAUUGUUCAUCCAAUUAGGCUUUGGUGUUACACCAGUAACAUCACUAAUGGUAAUGCAAUUUCAUCUUUGAUGUUUACAUCUAAUGCUAGUAUUAAUCCAACUAGAUUUUGGUUUUACACAAGCCACAGUGCUGAGACUGACCUCACUAGGUGUUGAGCUGAUGAAGGUGCAAUUGUUAUAACUUUGUAAACCCUUGUAUGCAAAUAUCACCAACACCAAACUUGAAAUUAUACAUUGUCAUUGAAUUCACCAAUUAUAAUACUCUAAGGAGAUGAUGUAGUCUGUUACACUCACAAUAUCAUUCAGUCGUAAGUCACAUCCAGGGAUCAAAGUUUCAUGUCAUUAUGUCAUCAUCUCAAAGAUCUGACCUAGGGGUUUAACAUCAAAUUUCUGUAUCAGUAAGUAACUGAUAAUGCUGGAAAACCAAACCACAACACCAAAUUGUGUCAAUCAGCAUAUUUAUCCUUUGCAAAUGUUGCAAUAUUGCACAUUUAUUCAACUGAAUUCAACAAUCAUUUUGUUCUGUCAAUUUCUGUAGAAAGAAACUAAAAAAUGAUGAAAUUACCAAAAUCAGUAGUGCAAUAAGGAAAGUAAGAUUCUACUAAAAAAUAUCAGAAGUGUCUUCUUUUUUUUUCUCAGAUUAACUCGGAAUGUAAUGAGUUAGUUGCUUGUGAAGGAACAGUGCAUACAUUGUAGGAACAGUGCAUACAUUGUAGUUUGGAAAGUUGCAUUGAUAUUAUAUUUCAUUGUUGAGACUGAUUUGAGAGAAAUCUCAACAGUUUUAAGAUGGCACCAAAUUUGCAUACAAUGGUGAAUUGCCAUUUUCAGCUGUUUGUUUAUUUUACCAAAUUCUUCUAUGAUACAUAAUUAUGUUAUCUCACUAAUCUUGACAUCAUUCAUAUCUUAGUACAUAGGGGUAAGAAUGAUUUUGGAGCAUGUGUGUAUACCAGGGCUCCGUCUUAAAAAGAGUUACGAUUGAUCCAAUCAAUCGAAACUCUAUGGAAAUCCAUCAGUGACAUAAUUUUUUCUAACGAAAAUUUGCACAAUGUCUUUUGUAAACUAAGGAGAACACACCAAAUUGUCAAGAAAUCAAUAAAUUUAUGGAUACACAUUUAUAUCUAGAAUUUUUUUGAACAAACAUGCAUUUUAUAUGUUGACGUUGCUGGCUGUCCAUAGUUGCGAUUGAUCGGAUCAAUCACAACUCUUUGUAAGACGGGGCCCAGGAAUGUAAGUAAUGACAGUUUUGGCCUGUAGGAAACAAUGGUGAUAUUUCUUGUAAUUAACAAGUAACAUGGUGUACGCAUUUGAAUAUACAAAUCAAAGAAGAAAAAAAACUUAUCCUUGGUGAACAUUUAUACAAAGAUUUAUGUACUUAAAUCAUACUUACAUUAAAUUACUUAUUCUCAGCCAAUCAUCCCUUCAGUAUUGUGAACUACUUACUGUAGUGUAUAUCUUAUGGAUUGAGUGAGGUCCAAAAAUUAAAAUGAUUUUAUUUUGAACUUUAUGUUGUCUUCUUUUUAUAUUUGUAAAGAUUAUCUAGCUAAGAUGACAAUCACCAUGUUAAUUGUUAACAAAUUGUAAUUUGACAAAUCUUGCACAUUUAAGUGAGAUAAUUGCACACCAAACAAAUCACAAUAUUUGUUUAGGAGCUUAACAUUUGGGAUACAGGUAGUGCCUGUGUGAAUACAUGUUAUCAUUCAUACUAUUAUGGCUCGAUAUAAGAAAAAUGUGCAUGUACCAACGAAGUGUAGUAUAGAUGACCUUUUUCACAACAUGCAGCAUAUUUGAAUGAAGUGUAAUGAUGAUUUAGAGGCUAUUCUAUGCAAGUUGUAUUGCAGUAUAUCCUUUAUAUUAAAAGACAACUCUUACAUAACUGUCCUUGCUCUUGACAUGUGCAUUGUAUAAUGCAGGAAUAUAUGAUGGUAUGUAAUAUAUCACAAUAUAUUAUUGGUGCUACAGACAUCAAAUUUGCUUGUAGAUAUGGUCAAUGGAUGUACGCGAGAGUUACCUAUAUCAUGUUACAUAAAUACUGCAUUGUUAUAUCUGAUUAAAAUUUAAGUCUUAUCAUGUCAGUAUUACCUAGGGUAUUGUAUAUGCAUAAUCCUAAACACACUUUCUGGCUCAUGUUUAAAGGGGGAGGUCACAUUGAGAAUGAACGAUCAUUCAAUUCUAAAGAGAUUAAAACCCUUUUUACAUUGACAUUCUUAACCUCAGGCUUUCCUUAAAAGUUUCAAUAACCCUCUACUAUCUUAUAUUUGCUUUUUAAAUCCAUCUAAAUUAAAUUGUCUGAUACUAAACUUCUUAACCAGGUCUUCAGUAAAUGAUGACAUAACAAGGACAAUUUCCAUAAAGAAGGCAUAGUUUCAAUUGAUCAGUAUAUCCUACACCUAUCAUACAUAUUUAUGCAUACACUUAGAAACUUCUUUAAUAUCAUAUAAGUGAUAAUAAAUGGGGUUUAAAUCCUGUAGGUCAGCAAAUAAGAAACAGGCAACAUGGGUAAUAAAAUUAUUCUUAAUUGAAAAUGAUUUUCAUAGAUCCUGAAGAUGGGACUUGAAGUCAAUUUUAGAAAGAUGCAAAUCAUUUUACAUAAUCUUUCUUAUUGUAAUUAUUUGCCACAGGUGAAAAUUCUAAUCCUUAUUCAUAAGCAUUUAUAAUGCAUGUAGAUAUGUUCAAUAAUCCUGCAGUUAAUUACUAUAAACCUGUAUUUUGAUCUCUUGUUUUGACUUAAACCAUGAUCUAAACUAAACUAUGGGGAGCCAAUUGUGACAUAAAACAUGUCAGUAGCAGAUGUUUGAUAAUGAGUAUUUAUAGGGUCCUCAAGACUAUCAAUAAGCUUUCAGGGAAAUGAAGAGGGCACUAUAUUUCUUGACUAUUCAACCAUAAUCUAUUGUUAGACUACAGAUUUUAAAUCAUGGUUUAAUAUAGACUGGAUUUCAAAAUAUGGGUUUCUGAGUUUUGAAUUUAAAUUGUUGAUAAUGCUGUGAUGAUUCAGACAUUAUGUUUACAUGUUAAUAAUUCUUGUAAAUUGUAAAUUACACUAUUGAUUGAACGAUAAUGAAUGUAUCAUUUUCCUGUGUAUAAUAUAUGUUUUUAAUAUAUUGAGCAACUCAAAAUGAGAAUGUCAUGUAAAUUAAAUACUGUUUACCCUUGCUUAAGCUUGGUAGUUAAAACGGCAGAGAAAAUAAAAACAAAAUAAAACAAAACAAAUUGAAUGUAAUGUAAACAAUUUAUCAUGUAUAUUAUCAAUGUUGGAAUAAAGGUAUCUUUUGUGAACCAUA